AUGGCUGAUGAACGAUUGGAAGCAAACCCUUCUCCUGCCCAAGGAGUUGGCCCAAUUUACAGACCCGAUGGUGAGAAGCCAACAGCAACAGUGUCGAAAGACAUAGAUUAUGAAAAUGUCCAUGUUUUGCCUCAAACACCCCAGUUGAUCGCUCUUCUCACUAUGAUCAGAGAUAAGAGAACUGGGCGUGCCGAUUUUAUUUUCUAUUCCAAUAGAAUCAUCCGUUUGUUGGUGGAAGAAGGUUUAAACCACCUUCCAGUGGUUGAGCAAGCGGUGACAACUCCUGUGGGCCGUACCUAUCUCGGUGUCAAGUUCGAAGGUAAAAUAUGCGGCGUAUCCAUCAUGAGAGCGGGCGAGGCAAUGGAGCAGGGCUUGAGAGAUUGCUGUCGAUCAGUUCGCAUUGGGAAAAUACUUAUACAAAGAGAUGAAGAAACAUGCAAGCCGAAGCUUUUCUACGAGAAGCUCCCUGCUGAUAUCUCCAGUCGUUGGGUUUUACUCCUUGAUCCAAUGUUCGCAACUGGGGGUUCAGCGACGCUCGCUGUCGAAAUUCUCAAGGCAAAGGGUGUACCGGAGGACCGUAUUCUGUUCCUCAACCUUAUCGCAAGCCCUUCAGGAGUCGCAGACUUUGCGGAACGCUUCCCUAAGCUCAGGGUUGUGACUGCUUUUAUAGACCAAGGUUUGGAUGAGAAAAAGUACAUUAUCCCAGGACUUGGUGAUUUUGGUGAUCGAUACUAUACGCUGUGA